AUGGAUCGAAUACCAACUGAACAUCAAAGCCCCCGUCCGGCCUCACCAGAUACUGAGGCCGGCGAGGCGGCCGAUGCCCCUGCCUACGCCCCCGUCAGAACACACACCAACAGCCGUUCGAUUGGACGCAGGCGAUCUUCCCUCUCUGGAAGCAUGCACCGCACGCACACCACGGAGUCUGUCAAGGAGACUAGGGAUCCAAACCUAGACAUCAACCUCCCCUACCGAACUCUCACUGCUACUGCCAACCUGGCAGAGUACACAACUGAGGAGCCCACCGGUUCUAUCGUCGGCCCUCUCGAGCCCGAUGGCGAGCAUCGCUACAAGCUGGUAACCUUCGUCCCCGGCGAUCCGCAGAAUCCAAAGAACUGGUCAAAAGCGUACAAAUGGUACUGUACCAUGGUCGUGGCUAUUACCUGCUUCGUCGUCGCAUUCGCGUCCUCUGUCAUCACUGCCGAUCUGGAAGACGUGGCAGAAGAAUUCAACGUCAGUGAAGAGGUGGCGCUGCUUCCCAUCACCGUUUUUGUCGUGGGUUUCGGUGUCGGUCCCAUGAUUUUUGCACCUCUAUCCGAGAUCUUUGGUCGACGAAUCAUCUACGGAACCACGCUGCUAUUGGCUGUCAUCUUCAUCAUUCCUUGCGCCGUCGCUCCCAAUAUCGGAACUCUGAUUGUCUGCCGUGCUAUCGAUGGCAUUGCAUUCUCUGCGCCAAUGACCCUCGUAGGUGGUACUCUGGCCGAUCUUUGGAGGAACGAGGAGCGUGGUGUUCCGAUGGCCGCCUUCUCCGCCGCACCAUUCAUCGGCCCUGCGAUAGGUCCCCUGGUCGGUGGUUUCCUGGCUGACGCUGCUGGCUGGCGAUGGCUGUAUUGGAUCCAGCUCAUUCUCUCUGGUAUCGUCUGGUUCCUGAUCACCUUCACCGUACCAGAGACCUACGCACCCACCAUUCUCGCUCGACGAGCCAAGAAGCUUCGAAAGUCAACCGGUUCCGAAGACCAUGUUACUGAGCAGGAUCUCGACUUGCGACCAUUGACUGAGCGAUUGGGCAUCUUUUUGAUCCGACCAUUCCAGCUACUCUUUGGCGAGUUGAUCGUCUUCUUGAUCAGCUUGUACAUGUCAGUCCUGUACGGUCUACUGUACAUGUUCUUCGUCGCCUAUCCUAUCAUUUACCAGAAGGGCAAGGGAUACAGUGCCGGCACCACAGGUCUCAUGUUCAUCCCCGUCGCCGUCGGUGUCAUUCUCUCAGCGUUGUGCGCCCCGCUCGUCAACAAGCACUACCUGCACAUCGUCCACCGCUUCAACGGUAAGCCGCCCGCCGAGUACCGACUGAUCCCCAUGAUGGCCAGCUGCUGGUUCAUCCCCAUCGGGCUCGCCAUCUUCGCCUGGACCUCGUACCCGCGCCUGAGCUGGGUCGGCCCCGCGCUGGGCGGCCUGCCCGUCGGCUUCGGCUUCAUCUUCCUGUACAACGCAGCCAACAACUACCUGGUCGACUCGUACCAGCACCAGGCGGCGUCCGCGCUCGCGGCCAAGACGUGCAUCCGCUCCUUCUGGGGCGCCGGCGUCGUGCUCUUCACCAACCAGAUGUACAACCGCCUCGGCUACCAGUGGGCCGGCAUGCUGCUGUGCUUCAUCAGCCUCGCGUGCUGCGCCAUCCCCUUCCUGUUCUGGAUCUACGGCGCCCGCAUCCGCGCCCGCAGCAAGUACGCCUACGCGGGCGAGGACGACGCCGAGUUCAACGGCGCGGGCAGCAGCGGGAGCGACGAGGAGAAGGGCAAGGCGCCGGCCGCGGACGGCGGGCUGGUGCGCGACGACGAGGACCGUGAUGACGACCUCAGGAGGGCGAGGAGCUACGUCAGCAACCCCUGA